UUGAGAGACGAAAUUUCUAAUAUCCCGACGACCGAACUGAUCAACUCCAUUGGUGGAACCCUUAAUUGUGAGCUAACUGGAGACUCUGAGGAGCGAUCAGGGGAGGAGGAGAUGGCGGAGUCCGGCACCGCCGCGGCGUGGAUUCUCGCGAUGCUUGCCGUGUUCUCCCUCGCUCAAUCCAUUGACGACAAAUGCGCCGCUUGCAAUGCCGUCGCGGUACUUUUCUGUGGCUCAGGAGAGCUGGAAAUCGGUCUUUCCAAUGAAAAACCGAGGAAUCAUUUGGAUAUGAGGCAUCGCUUGGAUUCUAAAGGUCAACGUGAAGGAAAGCUCAUCGAUUAUAAGGUCAGCGAGCUGAGAGUCGUCGAGCUUCUGGAUGGACUAUGUGAAAAGAUGCAAGAUUAUACUCUCGAGAAGAGGGAUUCUACCCAACUAGAGUGGGUGAAAGUAGACGACUGGGAUCAAUUGAUGACCAACAAACAGGAAGCUAGAGCACAUUCCAAAGCUAUGUCAACUUAUUGUGGAAGGUUACUUGAGGAGACAGAAGAUGAGUUGGCAAAACUUAUAAGACAAGGUUCUGUGAAAGUUGGAGGUGUAACCAAGGUUCUGUGUCAAGAUUUAAGCAAGCACUGCAGCCAGACAAGUGGUUUUCAUGAAGGGGAUGGCCCUGCCGGUGCUGCUAAGGAAGAACUCUGAUUCAAUAUGACGAGGAAAAUCUCGUCUUUCAGAUUCAUGAGAACUGAUUCUGUACAACUGAACGACAUUUAGAAAGGAAAAUGGGAUCAUAACCAAGGAGCGAGCAGCUCCCAAAAUGGGAUUGCGAGAAUUCUUUCUCCUUUGUAACUCAAAUUUUGCUUUCAGUUUCUUGGAUUGUGUUUCAACAGCUUCUUUUGAACAUUACAUGCUGGACUAACUUAUAAUUCCUGUGGCUUACCAAGAGACAUCAUCAGUAUACUAUUGAGGAAACCCCUCUCCGAGCUGCCCCAUCAUCCCCUGACAAAGCCAUUACACAGGCUUCCUAGGCAAUGAAAUCGGAAGAGGUUCAGCACUAUAAUAUGUUUGAGAUAUGUAUCAACUACCAACGCUUGUUUA